GGUGUUCGACGCGAACAAACCUAGUGUAAGCAAGUCGAACAGACCUAUGCUGGACAGCCUAGGUUUCCUAACCUGAAUAGUCAUCAACUUUAACGUUUAAUAUUUCGAUUCGCGAAACAGAGCGACACUUUUUUUUGUCAGAUUCGUUCAUUUCGUGUAAAAACGCGUCGAAUGAGUCUAAUUUUAUCGAAAUCAAUGAAUAAGCCCAUUUUUCACAAUAACCCAGAUGUGAAUACAUGAAUAACUUUUAUAAACAUAGCAAUGAGAUCUGAUCACAAUAUGGAAACUGAUAAUACAAAUUCAUCUGUCGAGAUACAAAUUCAGAAGACAUUAAUUUCCAUCCAUGGCGUUAGUCUGAAAAUAAAGAAAGAGCUGGAGAUGAUCAAGGAACUUACGAAGGAAAACGGACACCUGCGUACAGUAGUCAAUGCUGCGAAUCAAACAUUGUCCAAGAAAGUUCAAAAAAUGGGAGUGAACGUAGCAGAAAUUAUCCAUGAAAGCGAGCGUAAUAACAGGUUAGAAUCAGAUUUACUGAAUUCGAGCACAUCCACGAAUGUUACGGAGAAGUUGGAUCAAAUAAGUAAAUAAAUUCCUAAAACACUUAA